UCCAAGUUGUACACGUGAAUGGAUAGAUAUGGUGAUGAGCCAAACUCCCUAACAUGGAGGAACACAUAAUGUGCACACACCCACUUUCCCAGCUUAAAAAAAACCAUAACUUUGCUUCAAUUUCUCCUCAAUGCCAUGGCUAUUACACAUUAAUUUGUAAAUUAAAGCUUAGAAGCUGCCCAUCAACAAGUAGUUAUGAGGGUUAUUCAAUAUGGGUCUUGCUCAAUUCCAUCAUUUCAAUUCCAAGAAUGCUCCUUUUCAAGGAAGAGAGCUGGAGUUGUCGAAGUGAUCAAGUCUAACUUGUCAAACUCAGAUGCUAAGAGAGCAAACCUUUCUGCCAGGAAGAAGGACAGAAUUAAGCUCCCCAAACAUGACAGUAUUGGUGGAGACAGUAAAUCAUUGCAUAUAAGUGAGUUUCUAAGCCAUAAAUCUGGUGUUGAGGCAAUGUUGAACAAGAGAGCUUUGCAAAGCUUUGAAUCUAUUGAUUCUAAUACGUACAGGUGUACUCUUCCACAAGUUCAACUUCUGAAUUUUGAAGUUGCCCCUGUUUUGACACUAAAAGUGAACCCGACCAGCGAAGACUGCACUGUGGAGAUGUUGUCUUGCAAGUUUGAGGGUUCUGAUCUGGUAGAGCAGCAGAAUGACCACUUUUUAGCAUCAAUGGUAAACCAUAUAACGUGGGAAACAGUUGGGUCUCAGACUUUCCUCGAUGUUGAUGUGAAAUUGAAUAUAUCUCUUGAGAUAUAUACGAUGCCAUUCACCAUGCUGCCUACUUCUGCUGUUGAGAGUCCUGGUAACAUAAUGAUGCAAGCUUUAGUGGACAGGCUAGUACCGUUGCUAUUGCAACAACUGCUUCAGGAUUAUGAUAACUGGGUUCGACAAUAUCAGAAAUCUCUGUCGUGAACCAACCCCUUUUGUACCUGAGUAAGUUAACUACAUUUAUGGCUCCGCGAGGACACCUCUAGCUAUAAUACUACAUGUGAGCACAUUUGCUCCUAUCUUGGUGGACAAGUUUACCAGACACUUGUACUUGUAUGAUGUGGCAAGCUUCAACUCAGCUUCCUGACUUCGCCCGUGGACUAGUUUAGGUGUGCACAAGUUGGUUCGGCAUGUAUUUUAUGUAUGUAUAUUAAAUGUACGAAACUUCAUCCUUCCAUGGCUGAAGUUUAAGCCGCCCAUUUGAUAUUCCUUUCUUUUGUACAAUAUGUCUAUCUUCCCUUAGUGAAAUCAUUAUUUUU